AAAAAACGCAGUUGAUGUAAAAGAACGCAUACGUAUGGGUAUGUAGCUCCAACAAAACACCGACCCGCACAACAAAACACAAAACGAAGGAGGAAGUGAAAGCAUGAUUCGAACGAGGUUGCUGUGGUUCACUCUUGGUUUCGCCUCCGCCUCUGGAGCUAUUGCCCAAUUUGUUUGCAGAGAUCUUUGGGCCGAUCGCAAUUCCCGCUCUCGAGAGUUGAUGGACAAGUUCAAUGCGUUGGAUGCUCGGGUGUCCAAUAUGGAAUCCGUCGUUUCCAGCAGCUCAACUUCAUCUCAGGAUUGAAUUAGAAGAUGUGCCAUAUUGACAACUAUGGCUUAAAUUUGUCUGUUCGAAUAUGUUAGAAAAACAAAACCAAGAAUGAAUUUAAUGAAUGUUACACUUGCAAGCAUAGGCCCUUUUGGGUUAAUCCUUGCUUGUAUUUGUCUCGGAGCAUCCUUGUAUGAGUGUUUUUGUACAAUAUAUGAUUCUUUCUUCCACCUUGCGAUCCAUUCGACACAUUUAGCAUUA